GCAAAAUUACCGCAUGCCAGCUCAGACAUGCAACGGUGCGCGUGUAUCGGCGUUUCAUUACUGAAACAAUCUCGUGGACAUGAGAUAAUUUGUGCCUCCCGUUUUGAAUUUUUCAGCUGUGGUAAACGAGUGGAGCCUCCGAAGCGUCCAAGAUCUGGAAUGAUUUACAAGUGCCCCAGGCGGUUUUCAACACGGAUUGGCUUUAAUCGCAGACGGACUAUGGGACCCUCCGAUGGCACAGCCUCAGUUCCGCGGUCAACCACGGAACAUGAUUCUCUCAUAUCGAGCGCGAGCACAUAUGAGUACGAGCCUCUUACCGCCGGCGAUUCCAUCCGUUUGCUGUCGUUAAAGCCUGGAAAGGAUCAAGAGCGGCUGCAAAUAUCCUUUGCCGAACAUCGAAUUCCGAGUGAAAACGAGGCAGCAGUGUCCGCAGUGAACUACCAAGCCAUCAGCUAUACCUGGCACCCAGAAUCCGGAGGAGAAGAGUACGACACGGUGUCUUGUGAUGGCAAAGAAAUUCGGGUUACUAAGAACUUGGCCGACUUGCUUUAUCGUAUCCGCACCAACUGCGACAAAGAGCUCUGGAUUGACCAGCUUUGCAUCAAUCAGGGAGACGCGAGGGAGAAGGAACAGCAGAUACCGUUGAUGCGGCAGGUGUAUCAACAAGGCCAACAAGUUGUCCUAUGGCUAGGCGAGGAAAAUCAGGGUACUCGCAAGGCGUUUGAUAUGAUCAGGAUCCUUCAUGGCCUUUUUUGCAGCAUGCGAGACCGUGGAGAGCCAUAUCCCUCACCAGCACACCUCCACUCGGACGACCACCAGAGCCGAUACGGGUUACCCGGUGUGACUUCCAGCGAAUGGUGGCCUUUCAUGGAACUGCUUGGGCGCAAUGUCUUUCAGCGCCUGUGGAUAGUUCAAGAGAUCGUCCUCGGACCCAGAGUAGAGGUCAGGUGUGGCAGUCAUACCAUCACCUUCGAGGAACUUGGCAAUGCUGCCGUCUUCUUGUACCAUACUGGAUGGAUCACCCAUCUGCAAGAGGCUUAUAUCCGUUCACACGCCGAGAGGUACGUUAAACCUCUUUUAGUCGAUAUGGUCGACAUCGUCGAAGACAUCGGACGCGUCGAUUUCAUCGCCAGCCUCUACAACAGAAGACUGCAUUUCCAGGCGGGAGAAACCGAAAGUCUCGAGCAGCUGUUAGGUUCCCUGAGGCGAUGCAAGACAUCCAGAUAUUUCCUGCACGACAAAAUCUAUGCGCUGCUGGGAUUGGUGGCGGCCUCGAGUCUUGGCCGGAUACCGGCAGCUUUGCUGCCGUCUUAUGGGAAACCAUACACCGAAGUGUUCCGCGAUGCGACGCGGUACCUGCUUGAGAAAGGAUCACUAGGCAUCCUGUCACAUGUCGAGGAUAUGUCCCUCCGCGAAGAGUCUUUUACUCUGCCGUCUUGGGUCCCAAAUUUCGACGUUUUUCAAAGGUCGACAAUCCUUGGCCUGCAAAAUAACGCAACUGCGAUGGGAUACAUUGCAGGUGGUCAAGAAGAAGUGAUGUGCCAUUUCGAUGAUCCCGACGUUCUAGAACUCGAUGCUUACAAGGUUGACGACGUCUUACUUACGGGGCCGGCUUACGAAACGCAGUCCCAAGAGCAGUUUCUCGAAGAAAGCGCAAGGCUUGUGGAUCUGUUCCAACCAUAUCCCACCGGUGAGGCUAUGGUCGACGCCUUCUGGAAGACCCUAAUUGCGAACAGCGAUACGGUUUCAGCUGAUCCUGUGCCGGACGAAUGGCGGCGGCACUUCGCUGGCUUUUGUAUGCAGUCCGCCGUCGAGAUAAGACUGCAAAACGAAAUGGACAGACUCAGAGCUGAGGGUGCCUUAUCUGGGGACAUCGAUGUCUCGGCCAUCCUCUCCGAACGACUUCUUACAAUCGAAGGCGACCAUAAGAACUGUGUUCUCCUGAUUCGAACUGAGAAGCACACCAUACCCAUAGCGCCGUUCACCAUGCAGCCAUGGGCGCCAGGACUAUACAACGUCUUCACCCUUGGCAUGUUAUCGACAGGCAGCGUCCUUCCUCAGUAUUUGGCCGAAAACAAUUCCUCGCUUUAUCGCAAGGCCAUGCAGGAGAUGUGCUAUUUUAGACGGGUCUUCACCACAGCCAGCAAAGGCUACAUUGGUAUUGGGCCGCCGAGUUUGGAGCGAGAGGACGGUGUGUUUGUGUUACGGGGCGGCCGAGUACCGUUUAUUCUAAGGAAGAUCAGGGGAAAUGAGUUUAGGGUUGUCGGCGAGUGCUAUGUCCAUGGCGUCAUGUACGGAGAGAUGUUCGAGGCACGCGGCUUGGAGUGGACCAGGAUCCGUAUCGGUCACGGGACAGCCCGUCGGACCGUUACCUGAGCUUGCUGAGAACAAGUGACGCAAACCGCUUGUGGCAACAGGAAAGGUCGAUCCACCUCCCGAGUGCGGCAUGUUGAGGUCAAAUUACCUCCUUCAAGCUAUAUGAGUAGGAAAUAUAACGCAGCGCUCUUGGGGAAGCUGAAGAUAUUCACCUGGAUAUAACGGAGAAGAUUCCCACGCUAUUUUCCAUCUCAAGAUAGUUGAAUCAGAGGCGGCGGUUGGCUCCCCGUAUCGAUAUCUGCUGCUGAACGUGACACGGCAAUUCUUUGGUAUUAAAAAAUUCACCAUGAUAGUCCCAGAUCCAGGGCUUCUCAUCAGCACUUAGAGCUACGCCAUCCGCUGAGAUACAUGCACUGAACUUACUGCACACCUACCUACCUACAUACGGUGAAUUUCAAG